UCUCAAUUAACACCGGCAUGUCCUAUGGCCAGUCUGUCUCCUCAGGCAGUGGUGUUCAAAAGCCAGUGUCCUAUCCCGACAGCAAACCCUACCCACCUGUGCGUGAAACUUUCCCAUCGAUCUUGGCCAACUCUGGAUAUGGCAGCCGCAUUAUCCAUUCACAAGGUGGACAGAGAGUCAAUCCUUGUGAUCGAAGUUCAUCCUCCUACAACGUCAUUAUCUGUAAACUGAGUCAAUCUUCUACCUCACAGAACAGCAAUACCAAAGGCCAAGAUCCGUCCACUUUCUCACAGGGCAGCCAAGUAAUCUCACAGGGCAGCCAACAGGGUGGAUUGUCUUCCUCGGGAGUCAGUACAGGUUGUGGAGAGGGUACUUCAUACGACAGCAAUCCCUGCCACCAGGGUUCACCAAGUAAUUCAGGCAGCAGUAACCGUGAUUGUGAUCAGAGUUCAUCCAAAUGUGCAGGCAACAAGGUUAUUGUUGCCCGGGAUACAUCUCGUGCUCUAAGCAGAAGCAGUUACAAUGGACAGAAUGAAUCCUCUAGCACAAACAGCACUAGUGCCAAUGUCCAGGGUGGAGCAUUUAUCUCAUUCAACAACACUUCCAAUGGCCAGGGAUUACCUUCAGGAGGAAAGCAGUCUGGUGGAGAUGGCUCACAUUCCUCAGAAGACGGCUCCAUAAGCUCUGCUGGGAAACAGUCCAGCCCUAGCCUUUUGCUGCUAUUCAGUGUUUUGAGUGCCUUUGCCACCUCUUCAGUUGUGCCCAAGUGGUUUAUAUGAACAUCUGAAUACGUGACUGGAGACCACGAAGAGUAUUCUGUAAUAACAGAUUAAUUUUCUGUAUAAAAUUCUAAUCAAAGUUGAAUAUAUAAUUUGUCGGUUUGUUGUAAUGUCAUUAUGUAUGGUUAAUAUGCCACGCUUUUGAUUAGUUCUACUUUUUUUAGUUUACAGUAUAUGCUGGUUUAUUUUUCAGUAUUUUAGGCAUCAUUUGAAAAGGAGAUAUUGUGCCCUAACUAUAUGAAUUUUUAUUUCUAACUGACGUGAUAAAUACCUGAUUUGAAUCUGAUCUAGUUGUGAAUCCAACCACUCUGAAGAUACCUGGGACCACAUGGCUAUUAACCCAGGGAAAAAAAUAAUAGCGGAUUGUCAUGUGUGCAAGAUGAAGGCUCUCACUCAUCAUUACAUAAAAUAAAGUCAAUCCUGUAAUUUUUUAUAAAAAAGCCUCAAUGGAACAGAAAAGCAGUGUUGGAAUAUUACUCUUAAUCUACUAUAGUAAUUAAACUAGAGCGAAGUGUAAAUCUUGCAAUGCAGAAAUUUCUUAUUGCAGUGAAACUUUUGGAUAUUCCACCUCUUUCAUAAAAAGCCACUGAAGGCAGACAUUCUGAUACUUAGAAUAGAACACCAUGUGUCUAGACCAGUGAUUUUCAACCUUUUUUCAUUUGCAGACCUCUUAAAAAAUUUCAAAUUGGCGGUGUAGACUCUGUAAAUCUUAGACAUAGUCUGUGGACCACAGGUUGAAAACCACAGGUCUAGGCACACUCCACCUAGACCUUUAGUAGGGAGUGUAGCCCAGAAAAGGCUUUGGAAGGCUAAUAACCUUGGAACUGAUGAAAAACACCCACUCUGGGAAUGUUUGAGAAUUACUCUGGCUACUGAAACGGCUAGUAUCUCUGUAUCAGCUCUCUUUCAGCAAGUAUUUUGCCUAAACUACGAGACCUGAUUUAUUGUCAAAUUUAAUUUCAAGAAUGAUAUUGAGAUCCAUAAAAUAAUAUCGCUGUGCAGCAGAUAUAGUCCCAGAGAAACAUCAUCUUUGACUAGCAAGGAUUUCAAGGAAACAAAUGUGCUAUUUCACAUAUAGCAUCUUUUAGCAGUGUUUUCCCUUGGAGAUCUAUUCAGAAGUGUUGCCUUUUGAAAGGCUGAAUAUGUAAUCUGGGAAGAUGCAGAUUACUCCCAGAAAAUGCAAAUGCUAGUAGUUUUAAAAUGUAACCUGUUCAUACUCACUUUCAAGCAAUAAAUUCCUAGCAGCAGGUAAAUGGUGUUUAAUAAAUUACAUCUUUAUUGUACAGUAUUGUCUCUAACAGAUGUGUACAACUGUCAUUGUUCUAAUAGCACGGUAUGUUUUAAGAUAGGUCAAAUGUUAACCAAGUGCACCUAAAACACUUUUUAAAAAAAUCAAUCCAAGACCUAUAGAAGUUGUGUGUAGUCUUAAAGCACUUAAAACUACAUUCACACUGUAAACCUCCUGGGGUAGGUACAUGGAUGAAAUCCUGUCCCCAUUGAAAUUGAUGGGAAUUUUGCCAUUGACUUCAAUACGGCCAGGAUUUCAUACAUUGCUGUGUUUCCCCCUAUGUUCUGUACAGAGCACACUGUGAGCACUCCAUAAAUUCUUAAUAUUCUCAAACCAAAUCCUGAAGUCAUUACUCAUUCAAAAGGAGUUUUGCUUGAAUAAAAACUCCCAGAUUUGACCCAUAGUGCAUAUCUUUAAAACAGAUUAAUAUAUACAAUAAAAUAGUUAUCUAAAAUACAAUAUGCUGUGUAGUGUUUAUUUGCAUAACUUUAUUGAAGCAGUGCAAUAUCUAUCAUUGGGUCCAUACACUGUCUUGCCAUUUAUCACUUUUCUGAGGUAUAAAAAAAUGUUUUAAAAUGGUUUUUGGUAUAAUACGUGUGUGCAGUUUUAUGUGAGUUUCAUAACACACCAUAACUAAGUGUGGGCAAGUGAAAAUGCAAGGAUUGUAGGUGUAAAUAAUGUGGACCUGAGAAUUAUGAGUUUGGGUGAAGUGAUGUUUGAGAGAAAAAUACCACCAUUUUUGGUUAUUGGGGGGGGGGGAGAACUUGUAAAGUAUUCACUGUAUGUCUUUGUCUCUAAAUCGAUAGCAGGAACAAAGGUAACAUGGGAUAGUUGGCAUGAAUCUUUACAGUGAAUUAAUAAGAGAAAAAGAGAGGCUUUAUAUGUAAUAUUGUUUUCCUUAUUCUAAUAAAACUUG